GAAAAAAGAAAAAAAUGAGCUCAAGAAACCAAACAUUCCAUUAUUGUAAUGGCUUCAAGUCCACCCAAAAAUACCUUAAAUUCACAACCCUCCUCUUCCUUAACUCCCCCUCCUCAAGCCGUCAAGUUUACUCGCCGGACGUCCAGUGGCCGCACCGUUAGCCUCUCUCGAGACUAUGACAUGGACGUCCCUGGCGAGUACUCCUCCUCCAGCGGCCACAAUGAUUACAUCGACUACACUGUCCUCAUGCCUCCUACACCUGACAACCAACCUGCUGGGUCCUCCUCUGCCUCUGCCUCCACCUCACACUCUAAACCUGACGGCUCCUCCAAGACGGGGAAUAAGAUGGAGAGGAGACUAUCCGUGAUGAAGUCUAAUAACAAGUCAAUGUUGUUGAGGAGUCAGACAGGAGACUUUGAUCAUAACAGAUGGUUGUUUGAAACUAAUAAAGGAAAAUAUGGUAUAGGAAAUGCUUAUUGGCCUGAAAAUGAUGAUGAUGGUGAAGGUGGUGUUAGCAUGUCAGAUUUUUUAGACAAACCUUGGAAGCCUCUCACAAGAAAAGUUAAAAUCCCUGCUAAAGUGCUUAGUCCUUACAGGUUACUAAUCAUGCUUCGUCUUGUGAUACUAUUCUUCUUCCUAUGGUGGCGUGUUACGAAUCCUAAUGAAGAUGCAAUGUGGCUAUGGGGACUAUCUAUAGUGUGUGAGAUUUGGUUCGCUUUCUCUUGGAUUCUUGACAUUCUUCCAAAGCUAAACCCUAUAAACAGAGCAACGGAUCUAGCUACCUUGCAUGACAAGUUUGAGCAGCCUUCUCCUUCAAACCCUACAGGUCGCUCUGAUCUUCCUGGUGUUGAUGUGUUUGUCUCCACGGCUGACCCGGAAAAGGAACCGCCUCUAGUCACAGCCAACACUCUUUUAUCCAUCCUCGCUGUGGAUUAUCCAAUAGAGAAGCUUUCAGCUUACAUUUCAGAUGAUGGUGGUGCCAUUCUCACCUUUGAAGCCAUGGCUGAAGCUGUUCGAUUCGCCGAGUAUUGGGUGCCGUUUUGUAGAAAACAUGACAUAGAGCCAAGGAACCCUGAUAGUUACUUCAGCAUCAAGAAAGAUCCAACUAAAAACAAGAAGAAGCAAGAUUUCGUCAAAGAUCGUCGUUGGAUCAAGCGUGAGUACGACGAAUUCAAAGUCAGGAUCAAUGGUCUACCAGAACAAAUCAAGAAAAGAGCUGAGCAGUUCAACAAGAGAGAAGAGCUCAAGGAGAAACGCAUAGCCAAAGAGAAAAACGGCGGCGUAUUGCCACCAGAUGGUGUUGAGGUUGUAAAAGCAACGUGGAUGGCUGAUGGUACACAUUGGCCAGGAACAUGGUUUGAACCUAAACCUGAUCAUUCAAAAGGAGACCACGCAGGAAUCCUACAGAUUAUGAGUAAAGUGCCUGAGCUUGAACCGGUUAUGGGUGGACCGAACGAAGGAGCGCUAGAUUUCACAGGGGUUGAUAUUCGAGUACCGAUGUUUGCGUAUGUAUCACGUGAGAAACGUCCAGGUUUUGACCAUAAUAAGAAAGCUGGUGCUAUGAAUGGUAUGGUUAGAGCUUCAGCCAUAUUAUCCAAUGGCGCAUUUAUCCUCAAUUUGGAUUGUGAUCACUACGUUUACAACUCUAAAGCUAUCAAAGAAGGAAUGUGUUUCAUGAUGGACAGAGGUGGUGAUAGAAUAUGUUACAUUCAGUUUCCCCAAAGGUUUGAAGGAAUUGACCCAUCAGAUCGUUAUGCAAAUCACAAUACUGUCUUCUUCGACGGUAACAUGAGAGCAUUAGAUGGAUUACAAGGCCCGGUCUACGUAGGAACAGGGUGUAUGUUCCGAAGGUACGCUCUUUAUGGAUUCAACCCACCUAGAGCUAACGAGUACAACGGCGUGUUUGGUCAGGAAAAGACCCCGGCUAUGCAUGUCAGGACACAGUCCCAAGCGUCACGAAUGUCCGAAUCAUCUGAUUUGGAGUCAGAUACACAGCCUCUUUCCGAUGAUCCAGAUCUUGGUCUUCCCAAAAAGUUUGGUAACUCGACCAUUUUCACAGACACUAUUCCAGUGGCAGAGUACCAAGGACGGCCUCUAGCAGAUCAUAUGUCUAUUGAAAACGGAAGACCACCUGGUGCUUUGCUCUUGCCACGACCCCCCCUUGAUGCUCCUACUGUAGCUGAAGCUAUUGCUGUCAUUUCAUGUUGGUACGAAGACAAUACGGAAUGGGGAGAUAGAAUCGGAUGGAUAUACGGGUCGGUCACCGAAGACGUGGUGACGGGUUACCGUAUGCAUAACCGUGGUUGGCGGUCCAUUUACUGCAUCACACAACGUGACGCUUUCCGCGGCACAGCUCCCAUCAAUCUCACAGAUCGUCUCCACCAAGUCCUACGUUGGGCCACAGGCUCCGUAGAGAUCUUCUUCUCCAAAAACAACGCGAUUUUCGCCACCCGAAGGCUCAAGUUUCUCCAGCGAAUGGCUUACCUAAACGUCGGUAUCUACCCAUUCACCUCAAUCUUCUUGGUCGUCUACUGCUUCCUACCAGCACUAUGUCUCUUCUCCGGAAAAUUCAUCGUCCAGAGCCUCGACGUUCAUUUCCUCUCUUACCUCCUCUGCAUCACCGUCACCUUAACUCUAAUCUCCCUCCUCGAAGUCAAAUGGUCGGGGAUAGGACUAGAAGAAUGGUGGAGAAACGAACAGUUUUGGCUAAUCGGUGGCUCGAGUGCUCAUCUUGCAGCAGUUGUUCAAGGUUUGCUGAAAGUAAUAGCCGGAAUCGAAAUCUCGUUCACACUCACGUCGAAAGCUUCGGGAGAAGACGAAGACGAUGUCUUUGCGGAUCUCUACGUUGUGAAGUGGACGGGGUUGUUCAUCAUGCCGCUUACGAUCAUUGUAGUGAACCUUGUUGCGAUUGUGAUUGGAGCUUCGAGGACGAUAUAUAGUGUGAUUCCACAGUGGAGUAAGUUGUUUGGAGGGAUAUUUUUUAGCAUGUGGGUGUUGACACAUAUGUAUCCGUUUUGUAAAGGGUUGAUGGGUAGGAGUGGGAAGGUUCCAACGAUUGUUUAUGUUUGGUCGGGGCUUGUGUCUAUUACUGUCUCGUUGCUUUGGAUCACGAUUAGUCCUCCAGAUGAUGUUACAGGCAGUGGAGGAAUCUCGGUGUAAUUUGAGAUCAGAGUGUAAUACAGUACUGAGGUUUUUGGAGUGUGUUUUUUCUUUUUUGUAACAGUAAAUUUGGUUUGUGUAAAAUUUUAUGUUG